AUGGGCUCAGGAAAGAAUGCCGUGAAACCCGCCGCGCUUACACAAAAGCAGCGCAUAAGGGCUAGUAUCCAUACUGUAUUGACCGUCAGCAAAAACAAUAGUGGCAAGACGGUAGAGGGACGUUUAGCCCGAGAGAUUACUGCUAUUGUUAACGGAGACAGCAAAGCUGUUAGUGACAAGGAGCUGGCACACAAACAGGCUAGGGAGAAUAGGGGAAAAAGCGAGGACUUGCAUAUUUAG